CGGUAGCAGCUAGCAGGCGGCGGCAGUACCACUGCUCCACUCGCACGCGCGCGCAUGGCCGACCUGGGCGGGAGGUGAUAACUGGGCGGCGCGGAGAUGAGGGAGCUGGUGGGGAGGCCCGGGACGUGGGGCGGGCUCUGGCUGCGGCUCGGCCAAGCCGCGCUCGCCGCCGCCUCCAUCGCCGUCAUGGCCUCCGCCAACGGCUUCGCCGGCUACACCGCCUUCUGCUAUCUGAUUGCAUCGAUGGGAUUACAAGCGCUCUGGAGCUUGGGGCUUGCAUGUCUUGAUGGAUACGCCCUUAAAGUCAAAAGAGAUCUCAACAAUGCUGUUUUAGUGAGCUUAUUUGUAGUCGGAGACUGGGUUACUGCGAUUCUCUCGUUUGCUGCAUCGUGCUCAGCUGCUGGUGUAACAGUUCUUUUUGAGAGGGACAUUUCUUUCUGCAGAAGAUAUUACGAACUGCCUUGUGGGAGAUUUCAACUCGCGACGGCAUUCGCUUUUCUGUCCUGGGCGCUAAGUGCUACAUCAGCGGUCAUCAUGUUUUGGCUCCUGGCAUCCUUCUGAUUUUGUGUAUAGUCCUCCUGUGUGUAAGUUCUGUUUAUAGUGAGGUUUCCGCUCAUCAUAGGAUUUAUAUAGGAUGAUUUUUCAGAUAUGUAAGCAACAGAAACCACACUGCCAAAACAGAUGGAAAUGUUGGGACACCUAUAAACUCCAUGGAGCGCAUUUCCUAGGUACUACUCCCUCCGUGCUAAAUAUAAGUCUUUUCAGAGAUUUUCCUAGGGACUACAUACGGAUGGAUAUAGGCAUAUUUUAGAGAGUAGAUUCACUCAUUUUGCUCCGUAUGUAUUCCAUAUUGGAUUCUCUAAAAGGACUUAUAUUUAGGAAUGGAUGAAGUAUUACUCGCUGGAAGCUUUCCUCCAGAAAAUGAUGCUAAAUCGAUUUCUCA